ACUUUUGCAUGUGAUGGGCGAUGCGCUGGGCUCGGUGGUCGUGGUGGUCACGGCCAUCGUAUUCUACGUGCAUCCCCUGCAGCCUGAGGACCCCUGUAACUGGCAAUGCUACAUCGACCCCAGCCUGACUAUCAUCAUGGUCAUCAUCAUUCUGUCAUCUGCCUUCCCACUCAUCAAGGAGACUGCUGCCAUUCUGCUGCAGAUGGUCCCCAGAGGAGUCAACAUGGAAGAGCUGAUGAGCCAGUCACCAUGAGAUAGAGCCCGGUCCACUAUGAGGCUCAAAGUCGGAAGACCUUACUUCAUGACAGAUCCCUGAAAUGAGGUUUGAAUGGGUCUUAAUACAUUGUAUGUCCAUGGCUAGGCUUUCCCUUGUGAGGGUGUGAUUUGCGGUGGUCAGGGUAGCUCAUAGCCCUGCCAGCCCUCUGUUUAGUAGCACGCAUUGGGACCAGCUGGUCGAGCCAUUGCUAACAGCUGGUGCUUCUGCUAGUCUUUUCCCCCUGGAUGUUCUUUUCACCUUUUGGAGCCUCCUCUUGGGCAGCAUUGCUUCGUUUACAGUCUCAGAGUCAGUGAGGCGUGGUCAACUCUCUGGCUGCUUUGCUGUACGGAGUUAAAACAGUCAGCCUUCAUUUCCUGCAAUCUCCUAUCUGCCCAAUGCUGCAGGCAGAGGAGGUGGGAGGUGGGGAAGGAGAUACCCAGGAGC